AUGUCUGACUUCGCCCUCUCUCCUGCUACCCUUCCUGAUCUACCUGGCAUCGCCAAGGUCUCCACAGCCGCCAUGAUCGAAAGCCGGCACACAAUGUCCUACUGGAUGUUUCCGCCGGACAACGAGAACGCGAUCUACGAAUGGCGGCUAAACGGUAUAACAAAUACGUUCAACAAUAUUUCAUACUGUAUCUACACCAAACUCGUCGAUACUAAGGUGGGCAAAAUCGUAGCAUUCGCGCUGUGGGAGGCGCCUCACCCACCCGAGACGGAGGAGGAGAAAGCCAAGAAAGAGCAAGAGAAGAAAGAGAACGGUGACAAAGAUGACAAGCUGCCGAAAGGUACCAAAGCUCAACUUUUGCACGACUUCGAUGCCGAGACCCAGAGGAUGAGGGCGAAAUAUGUCGACAGGGAGAAAGACUACAUCUUGAGAGCUAUUGCUACUCUCCCAGAAUACCAAGGCAAAGGCUGCGCAUCAAAAUUGCUUCAAUCCGGGCUAAAGAAGAUCGACGCCGAAGGCGCCAAGACUUGGCUUGAGGCAACCCCACAAGGGCAAUCCUUGUACGCAAAAUUUGGCUGGAAAGUUGUCGAUGAGAUCAUUUUUGAUCUCGAGAAAUAUGGCUGUGGUGAAUGGGUGCAAAGAACCACGGUCAUGAACAGGAAAGCGCAAAUGUAG